CUACAACGUAUGUGGUCUGAGACUUCUUAUCAUAUACAAUCAUUGCGUGAUAAUAGUAUAUGCGCCCAAGAAGAAUUUGAUAGUAUCUUGGAUAUUAAUGACCCCGGAUUGUGUUAUAGAUUGUCAUUUGAUCCUGCUGAUGACGUAUCUUUACCUUUCCUAAAAUCACCAUCAAUACGACCAAAAGUAGCUAUUCUUCGCGAACAAGGAGUGAAUGGUCAAGCGGAAAUGGCUUUUGCGUUUCAUCUUGCAGGAUUUACUGCAAUAGAUGUUCAUAUGUCCGAUAUACUUUCAGGUGAGGUAACACUUGAAGAUUUUAAGGGAAUCGCAGCUUGUGGCGGUUUCUCUUAUGGAGACGUACUAGGAGCUGGUUCUGGUUGGGCCAAAUCUAUAUUAUUGCAUUCCAAAGCCCGUCAGGAAUUUUUAAAUUUCUUUCAAAAUCGACAAGAUACAUUUGUAUUAGGU